CACUUUGUACCUUUCUCGCCGCGACAGCGAAGCGGGCCGGGACGGGCCGGGCCAGACCAGACCAGACCCCGGGGGGCGAUGCGGCUGCAGCCCCUGCUGCUGACUGUCCUCUGGGCCGCGCUCCUCAGCUCCCCUCUGCGGGGGGGUUGUGGCCUCCGCCACGAGGUCUACUGGAACUCCAGUAACCCCAGGCUGCUUCGAGGAGACGCCGUGGUGGAGCUGAGCCUCAAGGAUUACCUAGACAUCUUCUGCCCACACUAUGAGGGUCCAGGGCCCCCUGAGGGCCCCGAGACAUUUGCUUUAUACAUGGUGGACUGGCCGGGCUACAAGGCCUGCCGGGCGGAGGGGCCGGGUGCCUUCAAGCGCUGGGAGUGCUCCCUCCCCUUCGCUCCCUUUGGCCCUGUUCGAUUCUCAGAGAAGAUUCAGCGCUUCACACCCUUCUCCCUUGGCUUCGAGUUUUUGCCUGGAGAGACCUACUACUACAUCUCAGUGCCAACUCCGGAGAGUCCUGGCCAGUGCUUGAGGCUCCAAGUGUCUGUCUGCUGCAAGGAGGACAAGCCUGAGUCAGCCCAUCCUGUUGGGAGCCCUGGAGAGAGUGGCACGUCAGGGUGGCAAGGGGGGGCCACUCCCAGCCCCCUCUGUCUCUUGCUGCUGCUGCUGCUCCCAAUUCUGCGUCUCCUGAGAGUUCUCUGAGCCAAGCGGACCCUUCCUGCCACCCCCAGGAACCAGAGCCCUCCCAAGACUCCCUGGAGGAGGGCCCCUGCCCCCUACCUGAGCUGGGAGUGCCAAGCCAGAUAGACAAGAUGGAAGAAUGAUUGGGGAAGUCAGAGGGUCUGGGGUGACCCUUGCAGGUGCCGGCCUCCUCAUCACAGGCUGAAGAGGAGCUGCAGGGGAGCUGCAGACGGCCCUGGGCACCCUGGAGCAGAGGCGAGACAAACAUAGGGUCUCUGUCAGCUGCUUUGAUGUUCUCAUCCCAUCCCCCAGGAAGACUGGGAUUUGAUGGGAUCGGAUCCUUGAGCCUGCUAGGGGCCAAGGCCAAAGACCUGGGGACAGGUGGAUUGCUGGACCAGGUCAAGCAAGAAGCCCAGGCCUGCCAUCUGUGCCCAGUGCCCUGUGGGCCUCUUCCCUGGGGCAGCACCUUUCCUCCCCAGGGGGUCACUCACUUGUCUUCUGUGAAGACGGACUUGCCAUGAGGUCAAAUUUCAUGCCGAUUUGUAUUUUUAUAAGUGUCUGGACCAAACCUUCAAUAAACCUCCCAUCUUUUUGUUGCUUUCCCCAA